UGCCUGACCCCGGGGUUGUGCGGGGAGGGAGGAUCAAUCACCCCCAGCCUACCCCAGGCGGGUUGGACUCGGCAUUAACUGAUCAAGAAGGCGGCCCCAAGGCAAAGUCUCCUUAAGUGGGGAGGACACCCCGGCCGCUCCGCCAAGGCCUUGUGCGCUCGUGUGGCCAGACUGUGAGCCUCUGGGGAGACGCAAGCCAGCGGAAGGAAAGAAAGGGACGCCAGUGAUCAGAGCCACAUAAUGUCAGUAGUUCGUUCAUCCGUCCAUGCCAAAUGGAUCGUGGGGAAGGUGAUUGGGACAGCAAUGCAAAAAACAGCUAAAGUGAGGGUGACCAGGCUUGUUUUGGAUCCCUACUUAUUAAAGUAUUUUAAUAAACGAAAAACCUACUUUGCUCAUGAUGCUCUUCAGCAGUGCACAGUUGGGGAUAUCGUGCUUCUCAAAGCUCUACCUGUCCCACGAACAAAGCAUGUGAAACAUGAACUGGCCGAGAUCGUUUUCAAAGUUGGACAAGUCAUAGAUCCAGUGACCGGAAAACCCUGUGCAGGAACUACCUACCUGGAAAGCCCAGUCAGCUUGGAAACUACCCGCUUAACCAAAAAUCUGGAAGAACUGAAUAGCUCUUUAGCACAGUGAAGGACGAUUGGAAGGAGACAAAGGGAAAGAUUUAUAAGUUUGCUUUACAGAAAAAGAAAUUUUUCUAAAUUUCAUUACAAACUGUCCAAUUUCUCUUCUGGUAUUUAUGGAAUAGCUAAAAGUAAAUGAAGUAAAGGCCUUGUUAAAAUUUUU